AUGAAUGCCAACUCUACCGCGACAGCAAUCGGCCUCACUAGUCCCUUCCAGAAGCUGUCCUUCUUCCCUCAAUCGUCUAACUUGAUACUCGUCCAUUUACAUGAGAUCAUCUUCAGCUUCAUCUUCUACCAGCUCGCCUUCUCCAUCCUCGCACCGUUCUUGAAUAAGGUGAUCUUUCGCAAGCAUUACACCACGAUUCGUGAUCCGCUGCUGAAGAUCGAUUUCGAUGUCCACACCGUCUCGAUGAUCCAGGCUAUCGUUUCAAACACCACUUUAUUGCCCACGCUCACUACGCCAAUGCACUACAAUGUCGUCACUUACACAGAUUCAUAUAGUUCAAUGGUAUCUUCGCUCAGCGCAGGCUAUUUCAUAUGGGACUUGACCAUGUGUGUGCGUUACUUCAAGCUCUACGGUCUCCAAUUCACUGGCCAUGCCAUCGGCUCUGUAUACGUGAUGCUGUUGUCCUUAAGGCCGUUCUGCCAGCCCUGGAUAGGCAGAUUUCUUAUCUAUGAGGCCUCCACCCCCUUUGUCAACAUCAAUUGGUUCAUCAUGCAAUGCAACGCUAAGAGCAAGAACUCCAUCCCUCUGUGGUUUAAUGUUGUCAAUGGGCUCUUGCUCAUGACCGUGUUUUUUCUCGUCAGGAUAUGCUGGGGCUCCAUUGCAUCCGCUCUCUUGUUCAAGCAAAUGUGGAAUGUCAGAGAUGAGUUGCCCAAGGUGGCUGGUUUCACAAUGAUGUCAUUGAACAUUUUCAUGAACUUCUUGAACGUCCUUUGGUUCAAGAAGAUGAUUAAAAUCGCCAAGAAACUCGCAAAACCAGCCCCAACAUCAAAACUUGAUUAA